CAAAUAUAUACAUUCAUAAUGGACAAAAUAUUCAACAAUAGUGGCUCUUGGGACUUCCAGGACUAUCUGGAUAGGUAUCAUCGGAAACAAGGGCGAAUGCCAGAGAAUGACAUUGAGGAAAUGAAUUCCUUUAGUAUGGUUCCAGAUGAGAAAAACAAGAAUAAACUGGAUAUACUGUUGACUCCUUAUAACAAAAAUUUACUAUACAAAAAGUUUAUGGAAUUCACUACAGAGACAAAGAACUCUAAGGAUCCACAAGAAAUGGCGAAACAUCGGUGGGGAGAUAUGACCAAGUUGAUCCUCAAAGAAGACUAUUUUGUCAAACACUCAAUGGGCAUCAUCGGUUCGAGCCUCUCUCCUGAAGGCAGGAAAAAAUAUUUUUCAAAGAUCUUAUCGAAUUAUGAAAAGACACCAAUUAAAGACCAUUAUCGCCAUUCAAAGAUGCUAUUCAGUGGAUUUGGACUUAAUUCUGGGGCAGAGAAUGGUAUCGCAUCUUUUCUGCAAAAGUUAACACAUAACCAGCUGUUUGAGAUGCAGCAAAACAAGAGCCACCAUAGAUCGAAAUAAGAAAUCAGAAAUUGAAGUAAAUCCUCUUUCACCAAGUAAGAAGAAGAGUUAUAAAAAUUCUAUAAUGAAGCGGAACAUUAGAGCGAUCAGCGAGAGUAAUACUAGUCUGAGAACAAAGACAUCUGAGCGUCCGAAGUUGAGAAAUAUUCGAUUUGACCAGAGGAGAGACCGUUUACUUUCUGAAUUCUCAACAUCACAUCAAAAGCCACGAAAGAUAGAAGUAACACCUCUUGAUGGAAAUGAAGAGAGAAAAAGUUUAAUAAGAAAAAGACUGCUUGGCGGUUCCAAAUCUUACUCAAAUAUUGACAAAAUUGGCAUUAACUUUUCAAACAAUCCUAAACCAACUAUUAUUCCCAUCCAAAGUAACAUGAACCAGGAUAUCCAUGAGGAACUGGAAGAGAAGAAGUCAAGAAAUAGUUUCACUGAAAGAUCUCAGAAUGCACAGGAAUUCUCGACUGUUGAAAAAGUGCCUAGUUUUUAUUAUAAUCCAAUGUACCUCAAAAAGCCAGGUGAAAAAAAUUAAGAGUAGGAAUAGGAAGUUUCUUGAUAGAAAACUAGCACAGAGUUUGUCUAGUUCCUUCAGGCCUAAAAAGAGCCGGCCGAGUGAGAAGAACUUGAAAGCAUGUGCUUUUCAUUCAAAAAGACAUACCAAAAUGAACAAUUCUCUCCUGUCUGAAUGAGUCUUCUGAAGUGGCAAAUUUGACAAGACAACUAUGAAGAAAAUCUCUGCCAAGAAAGCUAGGAUUCUGAAGGAAAGAUAUCUUAACGCCAGGAGGUUAACAAAGUGAUAGUCGCUUAAUGAAAUCUGUAUUCUCAAUCAAUUUCCAACAUU